AAUGACUCUUAAUUCUCUUACAGCCCCUUGUUUCCAUGAAGCUAAGGGUUGCUAAUUUAAUUAUUAUGAAUUGGAUGAACAAAUACAAACUUAAUUGUAAUAAGAUGAAUCAAAAUAAUUUAUAUGUCCUGUAUGUCAUAUAUAGGGUACACUUAGAUCAGAUGUGGCUUACUUAAUAAAUGAAAUAAAAGAUGAGAAUAAUUAAUUUAUUGUUGAGAAAUCUAAUCAAUAGAUCUUAAGAAUGUAGAAAUAAAGUUUUACUUAUUCAGUAUUAAGUGAGUAGUAAAAUGUAUUAGAAUUACAAAAGUAAUUUAAUUCAAAAAUACUCAAUGGCAAUAAAUUAUCCUUGGAAUUUAUUUAGAGAUUGAAUACAGAGGUAAAAAGUAUCAAUAAAUUAGAGAAAUAAUGAUAUCUUUCAAAUCUUUAGAAAAAGUUAAUUAGAUAAAAUUCCUACUUUAAUAGGAAUAAUUAAUUUUAAAUUAAUUCUAUUUUAUCACUUUUUAAAAAUAAAGUUGGAAUUUGAUAUCUAUGAUAAUACAAAUAAAAAAAAUUGCAUAAAGAUUGAUAAUUAAGAUAGUGAUUAUAUUAAAAUAAAGUAAGUAAUUUUGAUUAAUAAUUUUAUUUAUUUGAUAAUCUAACAAGAAAACUUAUCUUAAUUAUAUAGAGGAAGUAUUAAUCAAAUUUUUGAAGAGAAUGAACCUAUAUUUUAUAUUACAGAAUUGGAUGGAUACACAUUAUUAGGAGAAUCGAGAUUAAUAUAAUAUCAAAAACACUUAUUAAUGAUUGGAAGUAUUAAUUAUCAUUAUUAAUUAAAUUAGGUGAAGCAUCAUUAACUAUUGAGGAUUAAAUAAAAAAGAAUGUUGAAAUGAAUGAAGACAUAAAAAUACCAUAUUUAAAUGAAACUACUUAAUUGGCCUUAAUAUAUGAUUAAUAAAUUUAUUUAGUAGAUUAAGAAUCAAUUGAUAUGAAGGGACGUGCAUAUUUAUAAGAAUUUAAUAUUUCAGAAUAAAAAAUCUCAUAAUUAAGUUAAAAUAUAUUCUCUGUUUCAAAUUUUAAUAUAGACUUCUCAUUGGCUCAUGAUAAUAUUUUAUAUUUAUUCAACAGUCAGAAUUUGAAUGAACCAAAAGCUUAAGUUAAAUAUAUUUUAUCAAGUAGGGAUAAUGUUAUAUAAACAAAAAUAUUUAAUGUUAUAAAUCAUCAUAGCUAUUUGAAAGUAAAAAUCAUACCCACUACUAAAUAAAAAGUUGGAAUUGUUAGUUGUGUUUUAGUUGGGUUAAUGUUCUAAAACAGUUAAACAAUAUUUCCAGGAGUAUUAGUGUUUAAUCAAAAAGAUAAUUAAAUUGAGAUUGAGCUUAUUUGA